AUGGAAAAUUCUGAAGUCAUUGAGAAUCAAUCAUCAGAAAUCACACAAAUUGAUCUUAACAAAACGAUUUGUGAAUCUGAGUCAAGUGCGAAUUUACACAUUCAUAAUGGAGAUCAGGAAGAUGAAGAAGUGAGAGAGGUUGAAGAUGACCUAGUUUUGAUUUCUGCAAUCACAGAAGAGAGUACGGCUAACGCAACAAAUAAUGGUGAAGAAAUUUAUGGUUGGUUGGUUGGAGAAACUAGGGCAAGUCUUACAGAAAUAUAUGAUUUGUAUUGCCAACAUGCGGCUGGUGUAGGUUUCAGUGUAAGGAAAGCAAAUCAAGUACGAAAAGUUGGAACUACACAGGUCACAACAAAGUUGUUUCUGUGUUCAGCAGCUGGGAAAAGAAACACUGUGUUGAAAAAAGACCAAAAACAGGAGAAAGAUGAACUUGAAGGUCUACUAAAAGAGGAAAAUACUUCUGUGAAAAAACAGAAAAGAAAACCAAGAAGAGUUGCAAUAACUAGGACAGGUUGUAAUGCUUUGAUCAAAGCAAAACUGAAUGAUGGAGGUCAAUUUGAGAUAGUACAGCAUGUUAUGGCACACAACCACCCCCUGACAAGACAACAAUGGAACCAUUUACACCGCUCAGAACGUGCAAUGACAGUACCUAAGGAGCAAGCAAUAGAGGCUAUGCACGAAUCAGGUUUUCGACCUAGUGAAUCCUUUCGAUACAUGUCAAACGAAGCUGGUGGAGAAGAUGCUCUGAAAAUUAAGGCUAUUGAAGGAGGUGAUUCUCAAGUUGUAUAUGACAAACUGCAAGAUGCUUAUUAUGAAGAUCCUAAUUUCUUUUUCAGAAUAAGGUUGGAUAAGGAAGGAAGGGUUUGUAAUUUGUUUUGGAGGGAUUCGAUGAUGCUAGAAGAUUACAAAAUUUAUGGUGAUGUUACUGUCUUUGACACUACUUACAGAACAAACCGUUACAACCUCAUCUGUGCACCGUUUGUGGGGAUUAAUAACCACUGGAAAAAUACUAUGUUUGCGUGUGCAUUCUUAGGAGAUGAGAAAACAAAAUCCUUUGUGUGGCUGUUUGAGACUUUCAAGAAAGCUAUGGGUGACAAAAGUCCAAUCACACUCUUUACUGACCAAGAUGCAGCUAUGGCUAGAGCAAUAAAGAAAGGAAAAUGCAGUAACACGAUUUGGGUCCUGAAGAGUGAUGCAACAUUCAAAGCUGCUUUCAACAAAUGCUUGAGUGGUUGUCUGAAUGAAGCUGAGUUUAACGCAUGUUGGGAAGCAAUGGUCAUAAAGUACAAACUAAAGGAACACAAAUGGUUCAUCCAAAUAUAUAAAUUAAGACACAGGUGGGCAACGGCUCUGAGUAAGGACUUCUUCUCUGCUGGGAUUUUGUCAUCACAAAGGAGUGAGAGUACGAAUAAUGCUGUGGGUUUCAGAGCUACUAAGAAGACUAGUUUAACCGAGUUCUAUCAUAUAUUUCAAGAAACGAUAAAGAGAUGGAGAAGGACAGAAGAUAUUGAUGAAUUCAACACCACCAAAUCUAUUCCAACUUCACACUAUCCAAUGACUUCUUUAUUGAAACAUGCUGCUCAAGUCUACACACAUACACUUUUCAGGGAUUUUGAAGAAGAAUUUAAUCUUGCUGUUGCAUCGCAAGUACAACUCAUUCACACAAAUGGACCGAAGAUGAUUUAUCGAGUUUACCUUGAAGAUAGAGCUGGCUCCGCACAAUCUGUGAUGUAUGAUCCGCCGAAUGAGAUCAUUAUUUGUCCCUGCAAGAACUUUGAGGAGUCAGGUUGGUUGUGCUUUCAUUGUACUCGUGUUCUGCAUCUGUAUUCUGUUCAAAGAAUCCCAGAGAAGUACAUCUCCUUUAGAUGGACAAAGUUCGUAAAGGUUGAGGUGUGGAACAAGCAUGAGGCACAGCUAAAAGCUAAAGGAUUAUUGAACAGUUUCACCCCCUGCGCUUACACAUGCUGA